ACGCGCAGGCGGAGCCGCUACUUCCUGGAUCCGCCGGCCGGGGCCGCUACCGCACCCUGUGCCGGAGCCGGGAACCUGGGGCCGCCGCCAUGUCCCACCAGACCGGCAUCCAAGCAAGUGAAGAUGUUAAAGAGAUCUUUGCGAGAGCCAGAAAUGGGAAAUACAGACUUCUGAAACUAUCUAUUGAAAAUGAGCAGCUGGUGGUCGGGUCCAGCCGUCCGCCGUCGGCUUCCUGGGAGCAGGACUACGACGCCUUUGUCUUGCCCCUGCUGGAGGACAGGCAGCCCUGCUAUGUGUUGUUCAGGUUAGACUCCCAGAAUGCCCAGGGAUAUGAGUGGAUAUUCAUUGCAUGGUCUCCAGAUCAUUCUCAUGUUCGUCAAAAAAUGCUGUAUGCGGCAACCAGAGCAACUCUGAAAAAAGAAUUUGGAGGCGGCCACAUUAAAGAUGAAGUGUUUGGGACAGUAAAGGAGGAUGUAUCAUUACAUGGAUAUAAAAAGUAUUUGCUGUCCCAGUCUUCCCCUGCCCCACUGACUGCAGCUGAGGAAGAAUUACGGCAGAUUAAAAUCAAUGAGGUACAAACUGACGUGAGUGUGGACACAAAGCAUCAGACACUACAAGGAGUAGCAUUUCCGAUUUCUCGAGAUGCCUUCCAGGCUUUGGAAAAACUGAGUAAGAGACAGCUCAACUAUGUGCAGCUGGAAAUAGAUAUAAAAAAUGAAACAAUAAUUUUGGCCAACACAGAAAAUACAGAACUAAAAGAUUUGCCAAAGAGGAUUCCCAAGGAUUCAGCGCGCUACCAUUUCUUUCUGUAUAAGCAUUCCCAUGAAGGAGACUACUUAGAGUCCGUAGUUUUUAUUUAUUCAAUGCCUGGAUACACGUGCAGCAUAAGGGAGCGGAUGCUGUAUUCCAGCUGCAAGAGCCCUCUGCUAGAAAUUGUGGAGAGACAGCUGCAGAUGGACGUGAUCAGAAAGAUUGAGAUAGACAACGGGGAUGAGCUGACUUCAGAUUUCCUGUACGACGAAGUCCACCCCAAGCAGCAUGCACAUAAGCAGAGUUUUGCUAAACCAAAAGGUCCUGCAGGAAAGAGAGGAAUCCGAAGACUGAUUAGGGGACCAGCAGAAGCAGAAGCCACUACUGAUUAAAAUUGUCUUAUUAAAUGUUGCAAUAUAGUUUUGUAAAAUUUCCAGCUUUUAGUACAAGGAGAACUGAAAUCAUUCCAUGUUGAUAUAGUUGGGAGGAAAAUUGUACUUUUUGAAAAAUAGCACUUUUCACUUCUAUGUAUUUUUUAAAUUAAUGCUAUAGAAGACUCAUGAUUUUUAUUUUUUAGUUAAAACUAGACAAGGUUUCAACAUAAUAAUGUUUGUUUUUGUCACACUGUUUUCAUAGCGUGUUGAUUCCACACUUUCACAUAAUCUUCAAUAUUUUCCAUAGGUGGGCCAGUUCCACAAAGCAUAAGGACUUGCUUUUUAGAGCUCAGUAGUGAGGUCUAAGUUUCCGUACAAAGGGAAGUGGAACAACCCUGAGAUCCUCGCACUUCUUGAGUAUGUUAAGGAGCCUGGGAGGAGGCAGGCAGCUGCUUGCUUUGCGCAUGCUCAGGUGGGGCUGUCUUCUGCUGUGGAGAACAGGCCGCGGCUGUCUGCUGGUGGGGAAAGGCAUGCUGGGCGUACUGCAGCACGGCCUCCUGCCCCACCUCUCAGCUGUAGCAGCGCUCAGAUCUCAGAACCGCAGCUCAUGCCGAAGCUCAAAAGGUACCAGAUAGCACAGGCUGUCUCGUGGCACUGGAGACGACAGUCUAGUAAGGUCUCUGCAGAACUUUCGAACGGUCUAUUUCCAAAGAGACUCUGUAAAGACAGUGAAGCCAGAUGGCCAUGUCAGAUCAAAAGUCAAGUAUCAUUCGAAAAGAAACAAACUAAAGUGAAAAUGUUUGAAGUUUCAAGGGUUUUUUUUUUUUUCCUUCUCUUUGAAACCAUGUGUCUUAAAGCAAGUUGUCACAUUGCUUGGGAGCUAGUGAGUAUUCAGAUCUAAAAUUAUUGAUUUCUAGUACUUAGUAGGCUAACACAGAUGAUAUGUAGCCUAAGGAUCUUGUUUCAGUUAAUAAUGUCUCUCAGAACAUGGGUUUUCUGAAGCUUUGUAUUUUCAGUAACAACCUAGAGAGUUUUGAGCCUCAAGAGUUCUUUGUUACUUGAAAUAGCGGGAGUUAGAACAGCUGGUAUUUAAUCUGCUAAACCUGCUGCAGAGCCACAACUGGGAAGUUUUGAAGUGGACUGUCGUGUCCAGGAUUUGGAAGUCCUCGACCUGAACUUCAUGCUGCACAAGAUAAUUUCAGUAAUGUACAUUUCACGGUAUGAAAUAUGAAGCACCCAUUGCAGAGCCUUAUUACCUAAGGUAAUACACGCGCCUUUCAGAAAUUCAGUAUGAAUUCACGUAGACCAUAAGAGGAAUUACAGGCUGAUGGAAAAUUUUAAAAAUAGAUUUGAGUAUUGUGUGUUUUGUUUGUUUACAAAUACAUAGACUUUACUACUUAAAUAUGCAGGACAGCUGACAGUGAUGCUGCACUUGUUCACUAGGGGUAAACUUUUUAGUUGCACGUGUGUACAUGACGUCACACAUGACAUACAGUGCCGCAGUGAGAGUCCUGGAGCCAUGUUGCAGGCCGUCACCAGAGCUGCCAUUUCAAGCAGAGGGAGUCCUACGUGUUCCGGAUCCAGAACCAGUGGGGACUGUUCUGAAGCAUCGUGUGCAAUUAUGCUCUGAAGUCUUAUUACACUACAUCGAAGUCAAUGCACAUUCCAGAAUAUAGAUGUGAUCUUGUAACCUUACUAAUAAUUAAACCAAUGAUUGCUGAGAAUCACGUAUGCAUUUGUUUUAGGGUAUAACUCAUUGUUUACAGUAUGCUUUAGGUGACAAUAGAUGUGAAUAACAUUCCCAAUAAAUUUAUAUAGCAGUGAAAAAUUACAUGUCUUCUGUGGACAUUUUAUAAGUGCAUUUUAUAUCAAUAAAUUUUUUCUCUUUGA